UCUGAUCUUACCCGCCCCAAUGACCCGACCCCAUUAUUUUAGUACUAUUCUUUUAUUAAUAAUAAAUAAAUAAAUAAAUAAAUUAAAUAAAAAAGGAAUAAAUGGCAGCCAGAUUAAGCGAGGCGGAUUUCAAAGAGUCUUCUCUUAUCUCAAUUGCCAAAAUUGAACCUCUCCCUUUCUUUUUCUUUUUAUUAUUUUGUUGUCUUUCUUCUUCUUUACUGAUAAACAGUGAGUUGAGAGAAAACGGUUGAAGCCAGUUAGGGUUUUUGGGAUUAUUGAGAAGGACAAUAAUAGCGGGGUGUUCUGGUGAUGGGGGAUGAGAAAUCGACGAUCGUGAUGGCGAGUAGAGAUAGAGAGAGUAGAGAUCGAGAGCUUCUAAUCCCGGUCGCUGACUCCGUCCACGAUGAUUCUUCCAAGCCUUCUUCUUCUUCCUCUUCUUCGCAUCACGCAGGCCGCGAGACCUUUUACAAAGUUUUCCGGAGCUGGGCUUCCAAGAAGUUUAUGACAGGAUGUGUCAUACUGUUUCCUAUAGCAAUCACUUUCUACAUAACAUGGUGGUUUAUUCACUUUGUGGAUAGCUUUUUUUCUCCAAUUUAUGCUCAACUUGGCAUUGAUAUAUUUGGUCUUGGAUUUGUAACUUCUAUAACAUUCAUCUUCUUGGUUGGGGUAUUCAUGUCAUCGUGGUUGGGAGCAUCUGUCCUGGGCCUUGGUGAGUGGUUUAUCAAGCGGAUGCCAUUUGUUCGUCAUAUCUACAAUGCCUCUAAGCAGAUUAGUUCUGCUAUAUCACCAGAUCAGAACACACAGGCCUUCAAGGAAGUAGCCAUCAUAAGGCAUCCACGUAUUGGUGAAUAUGCAUUUGGGUUCAUCACUUCAUCUGUUACUCUGCAGACCUACUCUGGUGAAGAAGAUCUAUGCUGUGUCUAUGUUCCCACGAAUCAUCUUUACAUUGGUGAUAUAUUCCUCAUCAAUACCAAGGAUGUCAUCAGACCGAAUCUAUCAGUCCGUGAAGGAAUUGAAAUUGUUGUGUCCGGGGGGAUGUCCAUGCCCCAGAUCCUGUCAACACUAGAUACACGUUUGCAAAUGGAAAGUAGAUCUGACAGAAGCUGAGGUUUAAGGUGACAGUUGUAGAGGUCUUUAUUUACUGUAUUUUCUCUGGUUUCAGAUUUGAGUCAUCAGAGCUUUUAUGCAAUCAAAUGUGUUGGUAAUGAAGGAUUCAGAAUUAGGUUAUAAAUUUUGUUGGUUGUGUCUGAUUCUGGUGGCUUAUGUACGUUGCUUGUCUACAUAGAAUGUUACACUUUGUUUUCAUAUAUAAUUUCGUUGAGAUUAUGGGGCAGGUGCUUUGUGUUGGAUUGUGUUUCUUCUUUCAACUAUUAGAACGGCAAUGUUAAUGUACUGAAUAUGUUCAAGUCUCUACCUCUGAGAUUCGGUUCAGUUGAGUUAUAUAUAGCCUGGUUCUGUUGAGUUAGCUUCAAGGUUGUCUUUGGCCUUCCUUUGGGACUGGAAGUUCUUGCAUCAGUUGUUGCCUGAAGGAUCCAUGUGUGGUAGACUGGUAGUGAAAUGCAAUUAGUAAUAUUUAAUCAUGGUAUUAAAAUUUUGAAAGCAAAUAAUAAUGUAAUGAAAAUGGAAUUUUAUUAACAGAAAUUCAUAUCGAUAUGCUGAAGCAGCCAUGCGAAAGGGUAUAC